AGGAUCCAAGGAGAGAGACCAAGGAGGCACGGCCGCACGGGCACCCAUCUCUCUCUACCCAUUUUUUCCCAACGAAAUCGCGUCCAAAUAUCUCACUUCUUCUUCGCUUCCCCUUGAAAUCUUAGCAGAUCGCUCGAUUGGUUCGCAACGAUGUCCACCGGAGAGCUUGCCUGCUCCUACGCGGCCCUCAUCCUCCACGACGAUGGCAUCCCCGUCACGGCGGAGAAGAUCUCCACCUUGGUGAAGGCCGCCACCCUGAAGAUUGACUCCUACUGGGCUCCGCUCUUCGCGAAGCUGCUCGAGAAGAGGAGCGUCGACGACCUCAUAUUGAGCGUUGGAUCUGGGGGAGGCGGCGCCCCGGUUGCUGUCGCGGCGCCGGCGGGUGGUGCUGGCGGUGCGGCUGCCGCUGCUGCCGCGCCCGCAGCUGAGGAGAAGGAGGAGCCGAAGGAGGAGAGCGAUGACGACAUGGGAUUCAGCCUAUUCGAUUAGAGAGCUCCACCUACCUCUUUCAUUCAAUUUGAAGAUAGAAGAAUUUUCGUUUCACUCGUAGGGCGGCCGUCUUUUGGAUUUUUGAUUUGAGGAUUAUACUCAUCUCAAGGGACCGUUUUAUGUUUGUCCAGUGGAACAUUGGAAUUUUUGUCUGCUGGGUUUUAUGUUUUAGUUAAGUCGGUAGUGCUAUUGGCGAGAAUGAUCAAGAUUCCAUUGUUGGUUCUCAAAUAGUUUUACUGAGAACUUUUCUUGGUAAAUUUUCUACAGAUACGUUGGUAAAUCUUUAUUAUGUUCUUUAAUUGGUGCAGUAGUUUUUGCUUAAUAUGGUGCCUCUUAUUUGGAUUGGCAAUGUUACUGGAUUAUGUUGUUGUAGGGA